AUGAAGCCGCAAUGCCGCAUGGAGUCCGAUCCCUGGACAACUUCUAACCUUAUUUCUCGCUCCGAGGAAGAAGGAAGGAUCGGCGUGCCUUAAAUUCGCGGCUUCCUGUCUCAUUGGCCCUUCCAAUUUAGUUCUCUUAUCACAAACCUUCAAUCCUUGAAAAAUCUUCUUUUUUCGCUGCGUCUCAGGUUUAAUUCCCAUUUUCUGCGCUAUUCUGCUGCACUUUCCGUAUUGAAUUGGUAGUCUUGGAGGUAUGGCAGUAAAACCAACGGUUGCAUUGAGGGCUAUACUUGUGGGAGGUGUAGCAGCUUUUGCUAAAAUAGCAGGGGUAAUGAAGGCUGCAGGUGGUGCUAAGAUGGGUGUAGCCGCUGCCGCCAUGACUGCAGCAGCAACUGCAGCUAUAGCAGGGUCAAAACAGGACCAGAAAGAUGUUUCUCAAAGCACUCCGAAAUGAUAUCUACAAUUUUGUCUCUCUUUUGGUGGAAGCUGAUGUUUUGUCUGCUGGAAAAAUUAUGUAGCUUAGUUGCCUGUUCCUGGAGUUUUAUGGGAACAGAGAUGUUGUAUUGUAUUUGCUGUUGUAGUCUGAAUGGGUAGUGAUGCAAUAAGCACUCAGGGGGAACAUUGUUUUCUUCCUCUAAGAAAUUUAGGGGUUUUGAUUGUUUUCUAGUUUAUAAACAGCUGAAAGUAGUAAGGGCACCAGGAGAUCUUAUUUUUAAAUCUCUGCUCCGUCGUGUUGUAUUUAAAAGGUAUUGUUUGACUUAUGGUUAAAAAAAAAAAAGGGUAUUGUUUGACA